AUGGCAGUUGGGGGUGGAACCAGCAGCAGUAGCGGCGUGUUGGCGCCGUCGAUGGCGGGCGGGCAGAUCAUUCAGUUGUGCUCCCGCCUUGUUGUUGGUGUGCGGCUGCAUGGCACUCUUGUCGCCGCUCACCCGCGCAAUCCUGGCCAUCUGAAGUGUCGCCCAUUCCUGUGCUACUUCGCCGAGACGCUGCGCCGCCUCCGCUGUGAUGUGACGCUCUUCACCCCGAUUGCAUCACGCACGGGCACGCAGCAGCUCAGCGCGCACGAGUUCCCGUGCCCGUACCGCGCUGUGUGUGAUCCCACGUCGGGGGUGAGCGGCGGCGGCGGCAGUGGGCCUGGCGGGCGGCGGCGUAGUGAGGCGUCACGGAGCAAUUUCCAGGACUACAUGUAUGACAUUGCGGCGGAUCUGCAGACCUCACCGCGUCGCAUUCUGUUCAUUGACUCGGAAAUUAAUUAUCGCUUCUCCCCUGUGCAGACGCUCGUUGUGGAGGCCUUCCAGCCGCAGCGCGUUCGACAGCAGGAGCGACCGCGACUGUCCCGUGCGGAUGAGGUGGCAGCAGAGGAGGCUCGGCGUGCGCGACAGCACGCGGCGGUGUUGGAGGGCGAGUACGCAUGGACGCAGGGGCAACGCGGGCAAACACAGCAGCAGCAGCACGAGCGUCACCACUGCACGCCGUUUUCGUCGGAACUUUGCGGAGACUUGCCGCAGUCUUCAUCCGUCAGCAAUAAAAGCAGAAGCAGCGACAAUGAUAGUGCGGGCGCCGUGCGAGCGGCGGCGCUCGCCAUCAAUCGUGAGGACUUCACGCUGGUUGCAUUGGCUGGCAUGCUCGUCGAGCUCGCAGCGGCGGAGGUUGCGGUUGCCGAUUAUUUACGUGUGGAGCCGCUGGUGGAGAAGCUGACGGUGCCGUUUCACGGCGCGGUGAACUACCUGCCGGCGGAGAACUGCGACGACAUGGAGCAGUGGGACUGGGACGCGGUGGAGGUGCGAGAGGCGAAGCGAGCAGAGGCGGCCGCCGCGGUGCCAGAGGUGGAGGAGCGCGAGGAGCACCACAACUUGUUCAAGUGA